AUGAAACUGGUCACUGGGUAUGUGACCAUUGCAUCCUCCAUGUCUAAGUACUGUGUCGAGCUGGAUCUGACUGGUCGUGCAUCAAUUAUCCAGAGACUUUGGGGCGCCGAUACUGGGUCCAUGGUUGCAAUAGAAGCCGAUCUAGUCGCAACAAAUACGAGCCCGACCCAGCAUCUUCAGCCCUUCCUCAAGGAACAUCUGGAACUCAAGCUCGAGAUUGCUUGCUACAACGGUCCAAACAACUACGUCGUUGCGGGAAGUACAAAGGAUAUCGAAGUUCUUGCAACGUACCUCCAGAAUCAAAAAUCACAAGGCCCGAGGGGCAAACUCCGCUUCAAGGUGUUGCGGGGCAUGCAUGCAUACCAUUGCCACAUGGCAGACUCGAUAGUUGAUGCAUGUGCGGAGUUGUCCGCCUCGAUUCCGUUCCAGAGUCCAACUCAUCCUUUCAUUUCAUGUCAUGAAGACACACCGGAGAAUAUCGGGAGCUGGACUGGUCCCGGGUCCAACAUCGUUGCUCGCAACACUCGUGGGCCUGUGUACUUUGGAAGCGCAAUGCAGCGUAUCGUUAACCAUCUAGGCCAGUCAUGUACGUUUUUGGAGGCCGGUAUUGGGGGUCCUAUCAUCGCGAUGGCACAGAAUGCCGCGAGUAGAGCCGAUCAUACAUUCAUAGCAAUCGGUGCGACAGACCCUAUGCGGUCCCUUGCGGAUGCCACAGCUACCCUCUGGAAGUCAAGUGCCGUGCAGUUUUGGCCAUUUCACCAAAGCCAGCGCGAGUCUUAUUUAACUCCACAAGGCCAAAGUGUGGAUCUGCCACCUUAUCAGUUCGAGAAGCAUAACCACUGGCUGGAAUACAGCAAAAGUAGCACUGACAAGCAGGCUCCCUUCACAGAGGCCUCGGCUUUAUGCCCGCAUUGCAACAAUAGUAUUACCGACUUUCCAUAUCUUGUUCAAGAAGGCCCAGCUUUGUCCGACUUCGUCUUCAAUUUCAGUAUCGAUGCCCGCAGUAGCCGCUUCCAGGAACUAGUCGGUGGCCAUACUGUGGUUGGUUGCCCGUUAUGUCCGGCCGGAAUGUACCUUGAGUUGGUUGCGCAUGCUGUAUCUCUGCUUCAUGGCGGGAAUAUGGUCAAGGAAAUCGUUGCAGAGUCUUUUGAGAUUAAGGCACCCCUGGGUCUGGAUCCGCAGCGCUCGGUCAAGCUAACCCUAACUCGCAAAACCGAGGACACGUGGAAUUUCCAUUUUUCCUCUACAGCCAAAGGCAAAGCCAAUGAUCGGCCGAUUACCCACAGUACAGGAAGUGUUUCUGCACGCACGAGGAGGGAGAUUGGAACAGACCUCGAAAAAUGGACGCAGAUGACCGAAUUGCUAGAUAAUGACACGGAUACAGAGUCCCUACGCGGCGCACUGGUGUACAAGGUAUUUGCUCCAAUGGCCAAGUACUCUACUGCGUAUCAAGGACUGCGGUACCUGGUCGGCAAGGGUUCCGAAAGUGCAGGGGAGACUGUGAUGCCUGUGGAUAGCAAAAUGAGCAUUCUGGCCAGGACGCCCAACGAGAACAUUGCCGACGUCCCACUUGUGGAUAAUUUCUUUCAGGUGGCGGGUGCAUUCGUCCACUCUUUUCGUAAUGUUUCUGAAGAGGAUGAGGACAAGGAGACGUCUAAUAUCUGCACCGGGAUGGAAUAUGUCGGACCACUGAAUGGACUUCGAGGGAGUGGGACAUACAGAGCGUACACGAACAUCGUGGCAGAGAACAGCAAGCAGACGGUUUUGGAUCUGUUCGCAUUUGACAGCCUAAGCAGCAAAUUGAUAUUGUCUGCUAGAGGGCUCAAAUCCUCAAAGGUCCCUCGUAACGCGCUGGUGAAGGCGCUGGCGGUUGCCACUCCUGGCUUGGAGGUUGCGCAGCCGAAGCAACAAGUAUCUGCUUCAUUGACAAAGCAAGUUCCCCCUCUAAAGGCGUCUAAUCGAGGAGAUGACAUCUUGAACGGCGUCCAAGCUCUCCUCAGCAAAUCCUUGGAUGUCCCCGUCGCGGAGAUUGCGAGAGACGCAUUGUUGGAGAAGCUUGGUACAGACUCGCUCGUGGCCCCCGAGAUCCUUGUCGCUCUUUCCGACAAAUUUAGGGUUGACAUUUCUACCAAUGAAUUUGGGACAAUUCUAGACGUUGGGGCUUUGUGUGAUCUCAUCUCGUCCCGGAUGUAUCAUGAUAGCGUCAGCGAGAAUGACUGCAAAGACGGCCAUGGUUUAGAGUCUGGUUCCGAUGCUCAUUCCGAGGAAGGACUGCGACGAACGAUUCUCGAAAUCCUCAGCAAAUCCCUCGAGGUUGAGAUUGCCGAGAUUGCUGUGACUUCUAGGCUCGAGGACCUAGGUGUCGACUCCCUUAUCGCCCCGGAGAUGAUUGGCAACUUGAACGAAGCAUUCGGAACCGAGAUAUCAUCGCCUGAGUUUGCUUCAGCAAUCGACGUGCUUUCCCUCUGUGAGCUGGUCAAGAGCACAAUCAAUAUUGGUUCAUUCGGCUCCUCUGGUUCUUCUGACCCAGAGCCGUGGUCAGUCCAGGUAAAUGAUGCGAUGGAGACCCCACGCACUGGUGCAUCCAGUCCGAUGAAGGAAGAGCAAGAAUCAGCACCUAAAUCUAGAGGAAGUAUAGGAAUAGGGUUGAUGCAUGAAGCGUUCCUGCAGGUGCGUUGCGGCUUUGACCUUCAUGCCGACGACACUGGUUUCACAGACUACUGGAACCAAUUUUACCCACGGCAGCUGCGCGUGGUCAAGUCCUUGAUCGUUGAAGACUUCGAGGAACUCGGUUGUCCUCUCCGGAUGUUUAGCCCAGGACAGACACUCCCUACUAUCCGAGGAACGCUCCCGAAAUACCGGAGACCAGUCGCACGCCUCUGGGAGAUCCUAGCGGAAGCCGGCGUGGUCGACAAGGUUGCCGACAACUUUGUCCGUGGCCAAGCGUCCCCGACUGACGAGACGCAAUCCUCCCUAAAGCAACGCGCAAAGCUCAUUGCCGACUUUCCCCGGUACGCCCCAACACACGGCCUUGUAGACCUUUUAGGUCCACAUCUCGCGAAUUGCCUAACCGGCCAAGCCAACCCUGUCUCUCUCCUCUUUGGAAGCGAGCGUGGCCGCCUUUUGCUGGAAGAGUUUUAUGCGAAUGCUCCGAACCUUCGGGCUGCCACUCGGGUGCUCUGCGACUUCCUCUCAACAGCCAUUCAUUCAUCCAAUGGAGAGCCCAUCCAUAUUCUCGAAAUCGGCGCCGGCACUGGCGGUACAACCAAGCACCUUGUACCGGUUCUUCAAGCCACAGGUCUUCCAUUCACCUACACAUUCACGGAAGUCUCCGCUUCCUUGGUUGCACGCGCCAAAGAGGCAACCUUCAAGGGCGUCACGGGUAUGAAGUUCUUGAGUCUUAAUAUGGAGGAAGAACCGCCCCAGGAGCUGCAAGGACGGUAUCACGUUGUGAUCUCGAGUAAUUGUAUACACGCGAUGCACAACCUUACACGAUCUCUGACCAAUGUCCGUAAGCUGGUGCAGCCUGACACCGGGUGUAUUGCCCUCGUCGAAUUCACACAAAAGCUCCCCUGGUAUGAGCUGGUCUGGGGCCUUCUCGAUGACAUGUGGCUGUUUGACGACGGCCGUGAGCAUUCCCUGCAGACACAUUGGGCUUGGGAGCAGGUGAUGCGUGACUCCGGAUUUGCGCAUGUCGACUGGUCCGAAGGCUCGACUCGUGAGUCGCGAACCCUACGUGUGAUAGUCGGUUUCGCUGCACAGGAUCCAAACAGGCCAUGUUCUGCCAAAGCAACCUCCAUCCUCAUUCAUCGCGGGUCAGGCCCAGCGAGUCACGGCCUGUACCUCGUUCCGGACGGACGUGGUUAUGCGACUGUCUUUAACGACCUGGGCCAGAUCUUAGCCGGUACCUCUCUAUCCCUUCCCGUCUAUGGCCUGAACAGCUCCCACACAUUCCAGUCCACCAUUGACCGGCGACAACGUCAAGGACGGUAUCUGCUGGGCGGGUACUCAUUCGGCGGCUUGAUCGCCUACGAAGUGGCGCGGCAACUCAUUGAGGCCGGUGAUGAGGUAGAAAAGCUGGUUUUCAUUGAUACGGCGUGUCCUAUCAAUGACACCUCGCUAGCGAAUGACUUUGUGCGCUAUCUUUUCUCGAUACUGCCACAAUACAUAAUUGGAAAACUGAAGGGGGACGACUCCGACGAGCCGUUCGGGUUGGGCGUCACAAGGGCACGGCGACAGCUGAAGAAAUAUAGAGCCACAAAGCUAGCCGGCAGCAAGAGUCCGCAGACCAUCAUGGUCACAGCGAAGCAUGGAAUGGAUCCAAGCAAGCAGGAUAACCCGGAGGAAAGGGGCCUUGUCCUCGAACCCGAAGAGCAAUGGAUGGCGAAUUGGUUUCUUAACGAUAGGCCAAAGACACCACUUGGGUGGGAGGAACUCCUGGGGGGUGAGAAUAUAAAGAUAGUCUGGGGUGACUGCAAUCAUUUUUGGAUGAUGUCGACGAUUCCUGCGAUGAAGAAAUGGGGCGUGGAACUUGCUGAAGCUCUGGAAGCGUAG